AUAUAGAGAAAAAAAGAAAUAUAAAGGAUAAGGUUGAAGACCGCCGCAAUAUGAUUGAACAUCCUUGGACUUAAAUAUACAUCACUCCUGCGUAGAAUUUUUCCCCCCUCAGAUGAUCCUAGGGGCCCCUCCUAUAUAUAUAAACAGCUUGCACGGCACGAGUGGACCACGCAGUAGCACGAGCUAUAACUAACGUCGUACGUACAGAAAGGCCUUGUCUUGUUGUUAUAUCUUAAAGGUCAAUCGAGAGCUAGCAAUGGAAGUCAAAGUGCAGAGCUCCAAGCUCGUGAAGCCCGCUUUUAUUGCCGCGCCGCCCCGUGAACAUGAUGAUGAGUACGUCCCCUUGUCUGUGUUCGACACGGUCACGUACCAGAUGCAGAUGGCCAUCAUCUACGCUUUCCCGCCGCCGGCCCCGUCCACGGCUGCCAUCGAGAAGGGCCUUGCAGCGGUGCUGGCCGAGUACCGCACCUUCGCGGGGCAGAUCCGCGUGCCCCGUGACGGCGGCACGGCCGCGGUGCUGCUGAACGACCACGGCGCACGCAUCGUGGAGGCUACUGUGGACGCCAACUUCGUGGACUUGGCGCCCGCCAAGCCCACCCCGGAGCUGCUGCUGCUGCACCCGGACAUCGAGCAGGAGCUCCAAGAGGUGGUGCUCUUGCAGCUCACCCGGUUCCGGUGUGGCUCCCUCGCCAUCGGGUUCACGUCCAACCACGUCGCGGCCGACGGCCACGCCACCAGCAACUUCCUCGUGGCCUGGGGACGCGCCACCAGGGGCCUCCCCACGGGCCUGCCGCCUCCCGUGUACUACCAGCCGGGCCAGUUCAAGCCGCGCCCCUCACCCGGACCCGGCCGCGUCGUCGACGACGACUUUGACCACCGCAGCAGGGAGUACUACCACCUGCCGUCGCCUGCUGCUGACAACAACCACGGCUACGGCGACGAGGACGUGAUCGACAGCAUCGUCAUCCACAAGGCGCACUUCACCAAGGAAUUCAUCGCGGGGCUCCGCUCCAGGGCGUCGGAGGGCCGCGGCCGGCCGUUUAGCCGGUUCGAGACCAUCCUGGCGCACCUCUGGCGCACCCUCACGCGCGCCCGCGCGCUGAGCCCCGACGAGACCUCGCAGAUCCGCCUGUCCGUCGACGGCCGCCACCGCCUCGGCCUGCCCGCCGAGUACUUCGGCAACCUGGUCCUCUGGGCGUUCCCUACCGCGACGGUCGCCGACCUGCUGGCACAGCCGCUGAAGCACGCGGCGCAGGUGAUCCACGACGAGGUGGCCCGCGUGGACGGCAACUACUUCCGGUCGUUCAUCGACUUCGCCACGUCGGGCGCCGUGGAGAAGGAGGGGCUGGCGCCCAGCGCCGUCUGCAAGGACGUGCUGUGCCCGAACGUGUCGGUGGACAGCUGGCUCACGUUCCCGUUCUGCGAGCUGGACUUCGGCACGGGCAGCCCGACCUACUUCAUGCCUUCCUACUACCCCAGCGAGGGGACGCUCUACCUGGUGCCGUCCUUCGGCGACGGCAGCGUCGACGCCUUCGUGCCCGUAUUCAAGCACAACCUCGAGGCCUUUAAGGAAUGCUGCUACCACGUGGAGUAGCUAUCGCUAUUAUUAUUAGGGCCGGUUUGAUAGCUGAGCCAACAAAUUAGCUCUGCCACAUCGGAGCUAAUAAUUCUUUUCGCCAACUAGUUAGAUAGCUAAUUUUUCUAGCCAUAUAUAUAUAUGUAUCAAACAGCUCCUAAAAUAAUUUAUGAGAUGUCUUGUAUUUUUCUAAACAUGAUUGAAUAAAGAAAACAGGCUCUCAGAAACAAUUUUACGCA